AUUUAACCUUGAAAGCCUGCAUCUACCAUCAUUCCUUGGGAAAUAACAGAAAAGGAUUCCAGUAGAGGGGUUUUCAAGCCAAGCAGGAUCCUGCAACUAAACAGUUCCAAGAGAUGAUACCAUUAUGAAGGGAUUCCUUAGCAUUUCUACAGUUGGGGUGCCAAACCUCACCCACUCUUUCAGUCCUUUAGUCAGUGAAAAGGAGAAGCUGCACUAAGGCCAGUAUUAUCACACAGGAAAGGAGAUGCAACAGGGAAAGAGAAACAGAGAGACAGAGACAAAGAAACAGAGAUAAGAACAAAGACUAAGCUAAAAUGGAGGGCUUCAGUUCAAAAGAUCUGGCACUCCAGGCCCAGAAAAAGAUCCUUAGUCGAAUGGCUACUAAGUCUGUGGUCAACAUGUUAAUUGAUGAUACCAGUAGUGAGAUUCUAGAUGAACUUUACAGAGUCUCCAAGGAGUACACCAAAAACAAAAGCGAAGCUCAAAAGGUCAUUAAGAACCUCAUUAAAAUUGCAGUGAAGGUCGGGGUGCUGUAUCGCAAUAAUCGUUUCAGCAAUGAAGAUCUUAAAAUGGCUGAGGAUUUCAAGAGGAAACUCCAUCAAGGUGCAAUGACAGCUAUCAGUUUUUAUGAAGUGGAAUUUACAUUUGAAAAGAGUGUAUUGCCACAUAUUCUUAUGGAAUGCAGAGACAUGCUUAUCAAGCUAGUAGAGCACCAUCUGACUCCCAAGUCCCACGGGCGUAUCCGACAUGUAUUUGACCACUUUUCUGAUGAAGGACUUUUAACAGAGCUGUACAAGCCAGAUGGUCCACUUCGUUCCCACCUGCAAAAAAUAUGUGCAGGGAUGAACAAACUGAUUGAUGAAGACAAGUUGUGAGUGAAGGUCUGUCAGUGGAAUGGGGUAAAGGAAGACAUGGAUGGAACUUCUUUUUAUCAGAGCCCUCAAGAACUUGCAGAAGGCAAAACUGCAGCUUAUUAGGGAUAUAAUGCGUCUGUUACAGAAAAAAGAGCUGUCAGUAUUACAGUUACCAUUCCCAUUGUACUGCGUACAUGACUGUAAUAAUUAUUGAAGCAGUCAUUAGUGACUCUUCUUAUCUGAAUUUGUUGUAAAUUGAAAUGAAUGAACUUGAUUGCAUAGUAUUGUAUUAUUCCCCCUUCUCAAUCAUCUAGCCAAUUCACUGAAACAUUAAAUUAAAAAUACAGUAUAUCUAUCUAUUGGUUUUCUGAUUCUAAUAUAAGAGGCAUUAUGCAAAUGAAAAUUUCAUUAAUUUAUGACUGUGGACUAUUCCAAAGAACUGCUAGUUGUUUUGACCAGAACAGUCAGUUUUACUAAUAUAUGCUGCCUUAGACAUUAUUUGUUAUUUCUUAAACAGUUAGUACCCUAUCUAAAAUGAUGUUAUGUUUUAUUAAAGACUAGAAACAGUUUGUAGA